UUCAAUGUGUAUUUAUCAAAUUACUUGAUCGUGUGGAGCACAGUAUAUUGGCCGUACGCAACGUCAAGUCCACAAAUGUAUUCCACAACAUUGUUAGCCUGGUUAGCAAGAGGGUAAAAGAAGAAUAUCAGCCGCCUCAUCCACAAACACCUUGUCAUAUCCAGACAUGGAGCACUCCCACACAAGUGCAUUACAGUAUUACACAGAUUACGUCAACGUCAUAUAAGGGGACUUUGCAUACGCCAUCUGUGCAUAGCUGAAGCAUAAGCUAUUCAGGACCUGAAACCGGACCUCUGCAUUUAAAAGCGCAACAUACAUUCACUGGUCCUACAGUGAUCUGAGAAAAAUAAUGUCGGAAACUUUGAUCCAAUUCACUCAAGAAUAAUACCGUUUCAAAAAUUCAAAAAUUUAACCUUACCAGCCUUAUGUUCGUCACCUAUACUCACACAUUACUAAAACGUUUUCGUCCUGUUGUCAUCUUUAUCUUAAUCCGCAGAUUUCAAUAUAUAUCAUGAUGAUUAAGAGACAGGAAACACAGAACCCAAUUUCCACCAACUUCGUUUCGGUGAGUGUAGCAUGAUUUAUUGAAUACGCUAUUUUACUCUUAGUUCUUUAUCAAUAUAGCGCUUAUGGUGUCAGUCACUGUUGGUUUAGUCGUCCUGUUUACUAAUGUAUCAACCAUAUCUGAUUUUUUUAAAGGACACGUCAAUCUUGUGUAUAUUAUGAUGUCAGUCACCACCAUUCUAUUACUUCUACUUGCAUUCGUGAGAGGAAUUCGAUCGAAUGAUUACGCUGUUCGAAUACUACUUUGGAUUGUGGUUAUAUUGUGGUCUGUGAUCUUUGCUUCUGCGUUCUUACCAAUCGGGUGGAAAUAUGUUUUGAUAGCUUUAGCUGUGACAAUAAUUUUUACUGUUUGGGUUGUCUUGGUGGCCAUGAAACUGCCUCCAUUGAGUAAAAAGGGGUUCAUCAUAUUUUUGGCAAUAUCAGACGUGCUUGGGGUUUCAGCUAUAGUUGUAAGGAUAUGUUAUUCCUUGAUCACUCAACCAGAAGUUAAAUCGAUAAUCUACAUAUUGCUGGGAGUUCCAGUCGCGUUAUUUAUACUCUCCGUGAUGUUUAUUUGUGUCAAUACUCGAAGACUACAUAACCUGGUGAUGGUCGUAAUCGGCAGCCUACAGUUUCUGCAGAAACUUCUGCUCGGGAAAGCGUACUUAUCAAUGAUACUCGCCCUACUUGCCGUUGAUUUGUAUUGUACUGUAUUGUUCUUCGAGAAAAUUCGUCAAAGCAUUUUGGCUGUUCACAUACUUAUUGGAAUAGUCGUUCUACUGCUCUCCGUAACCCAAUGUUGUAUUUACAAGCAGCUGAAUCACCUAAUAAUUUUCAUAACUUUCAAUGCAACGUUGGCAUUAUCUGUCUGCAUCAUAUUUGUAGCGGUCAUUCUCAAAGGAUUGAAUGGCAAAGGGUUGUUGGUGUUCACUCUGCUGAUAGUUUUCAUUGGGUUCAUAGGAAUUCUUUCCUUUUUGUUAAACCGUUUGGCUUAUCCAUACAAUGAAAUCUUCAGCAUCAUUUGCCUUGGCGCCUGUGCAGUGUUACUUGAUACAAAAUAAACUGAACAGGUUAAGAAAAGUAAUUUGGCAUAAUUUGUUCAAAGUCAAAGCUCAUAAAAUGUUUUUAUUCUAAACCGUCCUAAUUACAAAUACUGUGAUUUGCAAAGCUGUGGUCAAAAAACGAUACUCCCGUUAUUAUUAAUAGUUUGUAAUUUCAAUUUCCUUAACUUUUGAUGCUUAUC